CUCUAAACGGACCAAAUGCGACCAGUAAAGAUAAAAAUAUGGCGCCAAUGGCUCCCAAUCAGUCCACAAAAAAAAUAAUCAAAAUGUCUGUUUCUCUAUCUCCGGUAGCUCCGCCGUGUUUUGCCACCGUUGUCACGGCGGCGCGUCGGAGACCGAACCCUAAUCCCCAAAUCGGUAACAAACGAAAAUUAACCACCCCCAAUCCCAGUGUACCACCACCACCGUCGAUCACCGUCAAGAAAACGACGUCAGGAUUUAACGGCAGAAACAAAGAACCCAAAUGGCAGUGCGUUGAGAAGUGUGGAGCAUGUUGUAAACUUGAAAAAGGGCCAAAUUUUCCUUCUGCUGAAGAGAUUUUUGACGACCCUUCUGAUGUUGAGUUAUUCAACAGCUUGGUGGGUUCUGAUGGAUGGUGCAUACAUUUUGACAAGAGCACAAGAAAAUGCUCCAUUUAUGCAGAUCGUCCAUAUUUUUGUCGGGUGGAACCGGCCAUCUUUGAGACACUGUAUGGGAUUGAAAAGAAGAAGUUCAACAAGGAGGCUUGCAGUUGUUGCAUAGAUACAAUUAAAGCGGUAUAUGGAUCGAGCUCAAAAGAGUUGGAAAAUUUCAAUGCUGCAAUAUGGAGUUCAACUUAGUUCUGCAUUCCUUUUCCUGAGGUAGCUUCUCUUUUUCUUUGGUGCACUAGAUUUUAGUUCAAGGUGGUUAAGUGGGUGUUUGGAAGAGAUUAUAAUCUAGUCAAAAUAGAUUAUAAGUUGCUUUUUGCUUAAAAAUGUGUUCGACACUUUUUCUAAUUGCUUAAAAAAAAGUUAUUUUUGGCCUUUUUUAAGCCAAAAACAAGAAGCACCAAA